UCAUACCUUGCGCAUCGCAGUAAGGUGAAGUUGGGCCAAAAGCUUUAUGCAGAGGCUCUUUCGGAUGCGGAAAAGGUUAUCGAGCUCAACCCUUCGUCUUAUCUCGGGUACGAGUUGAAGCAUGCAGCGCUUCAUGGAUCACAACGCUAUGAUGAUGCAUUCAAGGCCUUCACAAUCAUGCUCUCCAAGUUGGAUGAUGCACUCGACCCACAAAUACGACAGCUACGCCAGAAAUAUGUCAGUCCAUCUGAAGUAGAAGAUGCUAUCCGACGAGCCAUUCAUGCUCAACUGGAAAACGCCCCCCUUCGUCUACUCAACACCUCUACUGGACGUUUGUGCGAUCGAGAUGCGCAGAUCAAUGCGUUCAUGCAGAGUACAGAGUACAAAGAACUUUUACAUUCAUUCGGCAUGCAUGCGCCCCUCCAAACGGAGCCCAUCAAAGAAGCGGUUGUAAAGUACUUCAGUUGGGUCAUGUUGUCCCAUAGGUGGGAAAGGAAGGAACCGCUACUGCACGACAUUCAGGGCAGGGACAUAUAUGACUUGGAUCCGGUUGGAACCGUGGUGAAGUUGCAGAAGUUCUGCGAAGUCGCUCGUGAUGCGGGGCAUCGUUGGGCGUGGAUCGAUACGUGCUGCAUCAACCAGAACAACAAUGUGGAGGUCCAGCAGUCAGUGAACUCUAUGUUCGUCUGGUAUCACUACUCAGCGCUCACCAUCGUCUACCUAUCGGACGUGCCUCCUUCAUCAGAGUCUGGCGCGCUCGCAAGCAGCAUUUGGAACACGCGAGGAUGGACCGUUCAGGAGUUCCUCGCUCCUAAAGUUGUUCUCUUCUACCAAGCAGAUUGGACCCUAUAUCUUGACGACCGCUCACGCAACCACAAGCAUUCCCUCGCUAUCACGCAAGAGUUGGAGCGUUCGACUGGCAUAAGUGCGCGGGCGCUCGUCGACUUCCGCCCGGGGAUGAGAGGUGCCCGAGAGAAACUUCAAUGGGCAUCAACGCGUGUCACUACUUUGCAGGAAGACAUCGCGUAUUCGCUUUUUGGGAUCUUCGGUGUCCACCUCCCUGUAAUCUACGGAGAAAAAAGACAGAACGCGCUCGGACGACUUUUACAGGAGAUCAUAGCCCAUUCGGGCGACAUCACGGCCCUGGACUGGGUGGGACAAUCGUCCAACUUCAACAGUUGCCUGCCAGCCAACAUUUCCUCAUACAAGGCUCUGUCGUGUGCACUGCCAUCUCUAUCUGAACGCGACAUGCAGAAUUCGGUCUCCUCAUCACGAAAUAAUAUUUUCGCUGUGGAAUCGGCCUCGAAACUGUAUACCAUCCUUGAGAACCUCAGCGUUCCUCGUUUCGCAAACGCAAGAUUGCAAUUACCUUGCAUCGUAUUUCCUCUCACAGAAGUCAGGCGGAGGCCUGGUCAAGACGGGGAUACAUGUUUCAUUUAUGACGUCAAGGCAGACGGGCUACAAGACCUGCUGGUCAUAACGGAAGACAAGCUUGGUCAAUUCUCGCCUGCAAGGCGUACUCGGCGGACAUUCCUGCUCGUCCGUCCGUGGAAUAGGCAUGAUCUCGGGCUGAUUAACUUCGCAGACGAGACGCAUAGCACAGAAGAUUGGCCCGAGCCUGGGUCUCCCGGAUACAACGAGCAAACUACGCGAGAGUUGAGGUUGAUCGUUCGCCUCGGACAGCCUUUUGGGGGACUUUUGCUAGCGCAGCAGUGGGGUGGGGAGUAUAAGAGAAUUGCUUCGGAUAACAAUAUCAUCGCGCAAGUUAAGGACACGGCAUCUGUUGACGACAUGAUGGAUAUCAGAAUGUUGGAGAUAUUAUAG